UUUCAUGUGUUCAGAAUGAACAUGUGCUUUUUUUUCUGCUUUGGGCUGUAUUUAUCUACUAAUGCCAAUUAUGUCCACUCAGUUGAGGAGGAAAUCAUUGAAGAAGUGCCUCCCCCUGAAGUGGAAGAGCCAGAAGUUGAAGUAGAAGAGCCAGAAGCUGAAGUAGAAGAACCAGAAGCUGAAGUUGAAGAACCAGACGCUGAAGUGGAAGCCCUGGCAGAGGAAGAGGUCACAGAUGAGAUGAAACCAAGGCCAAAGAUGUUCAUGCAGAAUAUUUCAGCUCCAAAGAUUCCAGAGGGAGAAAAAGUGGACUUUGAUGACAUUCACAGGAAGCGUCAGGAAAAGGAUUUGGCAGAACUGCAGUCCCUGAUCGAAGCUCACUUCAUUCAGAGGAAGAAGGAUGAGGAGGAGCUCAUUGCUCUGGUCAACAGGAUUGAGAAGCGACGUGCUGAGAGAGCAGAUCAACAAAGGAUCCGGGCAGAGAAAGAAAAGGAAAGACAGGCCCGUCUGGCGGAGGAGAAGGAAAGAAGAGAGCAGGAAGAACAGAGGAAGAAGCAGGACGAGGACGCCAAGAAGAAGAAAGUUCUCACCAACAUGACGCACCAGUAUGGUGGAAUACAGCAGAAGAUGGAGGGUCGUAAAGGAGCAAAGAAACAGACUGAGAGGGAGAAGAAGAGAAAGAUCCUGGCUGAAAGGAGGAAGCCACUCAGCAUCGACCAUCUGUCUGAGGAUAAAUUGAAAGAGAAAGCCACCGAGUUGUGGCAGUGGAUGAUGGAGCUGGAAGCUGAGAAGUUCGACCUCAGCGAGAAACUUAAGAGACAGAAAUAUGAUAUGACUCUUCUCCAGGCCCGAAUCAAUGAACAGCAAAAGUUUGUCAAAGGUCGUGGCAAGGGCAAGGUGGGUGGCAGACUGAGGUAAACAGCCAGCCAUUUGAGAUGCACCAGGAAUCCAGAAGAUUAAAUCUGUGCCAUCAAGAAGCAUUCAACAAUCACACUGAACUAUUGUAUUGUUUGACAGCACGCGUAGCUCAUAUAAAAACAGUAAAGAGAUCUUUUGUUGUA